AUGCAAGCUUCCGUCACAAGAAAAUAUGAAGAAAUUUAUCCUCCUGACAUAACAGAAUUUGUAUAUAUCACAGAUGAUACUUAUACUAAAAAGCAAGUACUUCGAAUGGAGCACUUAAUUCUGAGGGUUUUAUCUUUUGAUCUAACUGUUCCAACACCACUUACAUUCCUUAUGGAAUAUUGUAUUAGCAGUAAUCUUUCAGAGAAAAUCAAAUUCUUAGCAAUGUAUCUGUGUGAAUUGUCGAUGCUGGAAGGUGAUCCAUAUCUGCAAUUCUUGCCUAGCCAUUUAGCCGCAUCCGCGUUGGCACUUGCACGACAUACACUACAGGAGGAGAUGUGGCCACAUGAAAUAGAACUGACGACGGGAUACAGUUUGAAGAAUCUUAAAGAGUGCAUUAUAUUUUUGAACAGAACAUUUUGUAACGCGUUAAAUAUUCAACAACAAGCCAUCCAAGACAAAUAUAAAAGCAACAAAUAUGGACAUGUAGCAUUGUUAUUACCACGACGUAUUGAUUACGUUACAUUGACCUCUGAAGAUGAAGAAGAUAACGCUUAAUAUUUACCAGGCAUGGCGAAAAGAAUAGAAGAAUCGUUAAAUUUAUACAUAUUUGGAGAUAACGAACCUCCCACAAUAAAUCCCGCGUUUUAAAAGACAAGGAGGGGAUUAGGGGCAAGACUGACCUAUUGUUUCACAAAUGGAAUGUAUGAGUUUAUUAUCUAUUAGCAUGUUCAGUCAUUAUGCAUUGCUUCACAUAUUGACUCUACUCCGCACAAUUUCACUGCCACCUAUAUACUUAUUAUAGGUUGUAGAUAAAAUUUGAAUAACUGAUCUUAGAGCUCCGUCAUUAUAUUAACGAGCGAAGCUCUAAGUUAUGUUAUUUAGGAAUUGUUUUUUUAUACGUAUUUUUUAGACGAUUGUUAAACAGAACUUUGCUCUACGUACAUGAUACUCAAAUUUUAUUGUCAGUGAUCUGUCAUAAUAAUAGGAAAUGUAUGAAUAAUAACUGUAUUUAUUAUUGACACUGUACUAAAAAUACACUUUAUUAUGAUGGAAACACUUCUACGCGUGAAAAUGAUUGGAACAUUUGUCUGUAUGUACGAAUCUUGUACAGUUAUUUAUUUACAAUACUCAAAGUAUCAUAAUAGCUACGUCUAUUUUGAAUAUAACAUAUUCUACUAUCUCAUAGAUCAUGCGAUUGGAGCAGUGUGUAUAAAUUUCGGUCGAAACUUAUUCCCGUAUAUAUUACAACUUACACGUAAAUACGCAAGCACGGGUUUCAAUUUCCGGUAAUUUCAUCUAAAAUCUUAUGCAUGAUCUUUGGAGUCAAAUUUUAAUAUAUACGAAAGUACUUAGUAUUUGAUAAUAUAGACAGGUUUAUGAAAUAUAACUAUUUUUAUUAUGUGAAAAAUAUGCAUAAAGAUUCUUCUAAGAAUACUUAAUAUAUAAAAUGCAAAGAAUAUAAUCAUCUGUGUAAUACAUUUGAUAAAUACAUAAUGAAACAAUCCAAAUUGCAAUAUCGAUUAAAUCGAACAAAUUUUGUCAUGAAUGGAGGGGUAAAUUAAACAAAUUUUGAUUAAGUAAAUGACUUUGUUUUAUGAUUUUAUAAAGUAUCUUAUUUCGCUAGGCUAAAAUAUUAAUAAAAAGUAGUUUCAAUCUUUGAAGUAUUAAUGACUUUCAUCAUUUUUCUUCUAUAAUAAAUUUUUGCAAAUACGUUUAUUAUAUAGCGUACUUAUACUGAUUAUAC